CGCCCCCAGGAGCUGGGAGCGGGUGACCGGCGGCGGGGAAGCGGCCUGGGCUGGCCCUCAGAUUGCGGGGUCCCGGGGGCCUGUCGCGGGGCGCCCCCGUGACCCACCGACCAGGCCUUCCCCCGGGCCGGAGCGAUGGCCGCCGAGAACAGCAAACAGUUCUGGAAGAGGAGCGCCAAGCUGCCGGGGAGCAUUCAGCCUGUGUACGGAGCUCAGCAUCCUCCUCUGGAUCCUCGGCUCACCAAAAACUUCAUCAAAGAACGGUCAAAAGUCAACUCAGUUCCUCUGAAGAACAAGAAGGCCUCUAGUUUCCAUGAGUUUGCCCGGAAUACCAGUGACGCUUGGGACAUUGGCGACGAUGAGGAAGAGGACUUUUCCUCCCCUCCUUUCCAAACUCUGAAUUCCAAAGUGGCUCUGGCAACCGCAGCCCAGGUCCUGGAAAACCACAGCAAGCUGAGGGUAAAACCAGAACGGUCCCAGUCCACAACUUCGGACGUCCCUGCCAGCUACAAGGUCAUAAAGUCCAGCAGCGAUGCCCAGCUGUCCCGAAACUCCAGUGACACGUGCCUGAGGAACCCCCUCCACAAACAGCAGUCUCUCCCUCUCCGGCCCAUCAUCCCCCUUGUUGCCCGCAUCUCAGACCAGAAUGCUUCUGGGGCCCCUCCAAUGACAGUCCGGGAGAAAACCCGCCUGGAAAAGUUCCGCCAGCUGCUCUCCAGCCACAACACCGACUUAGAUGAACUGAGGAAGUGGAGCUGGCCAGGCGUGCCCAGGGAAGUCCGACCAGUGACCUGGAGACUCCUGUCGGGCUACCUGCCGGCAAACACUGAGCGGCGGAAGCUGACGCUGCAGCGGAAGCGGGAGGAAUACUUCGGCUUCAUUCAGCAGUACUACGACUCUCGCAAUGAGGAGCACCACCAGGACACCUACCGACAGAUUCACAUUGACAUUCCAAGGACGAACCCUCUCAUUCCAUUGUUCCAGCAGCCGCUCGUCCAGGAGAUCUUUGAAAGAAUUCUCUUUAUCUGGGCCAUCCGGCACCCCGCCAGUGGGUAUGUCCAGGGAAUUAAUGACCUGGUCACUCCGUUCUUUGUCGUCUUCCUCUCGGAAUAUGUGGAGGAGGAUGUGGAGAACUUUGACGUGACCAACUUGUCUCAGGACAUGCUGCGAAGCAUUGAAGCCGACAGCUUCUGGUGCAUGAGCAAGCUGCUGGACGGGAUCCAGGAUAACUACACCUUCGCACAACCGGGGAUCCAGAAGAAGGUCAAGGCCCUGGAGGAGCUUGUCAGCCGGAUCGAUGAGCAGGUACACAGUCACUUCAGGAGGUAUGAGGUGGAGUACCUGCAGUUCGCCUUCCGGUGGAUGAACAACCUGCUGAUGCGGGAGCUUCCGCUGCGCUGCACCAUCCGCCUGUGGGACACGUACCAGUCUGAGCCAGAAGGGUUCUCGCACUUCCAUCUCUAUGUGUGCGCAGCCUUCUUGAUCAAGUGGAGGAAGGAGAUUUUGGAUGAGGAAGACUUUCAGGUGCUGUCUCCCCUGGGGACCCGGACCGCCCCCAUCUCUGAUGGCGAUUUCAUCACUGUGGCCACCGUGCAAGCCGUGGACCCCGGCCAGGAACCACUCCUGCUGUACAAAGCUCGCCCGCCGCCUCUGCCACCCAGGUCUUAACUUCACAGCAUCCGCCACUUUGUGUCUCGGGAUGUGUGUCUGGGACCACUGUCAGUAUUCUGUGCCGUGUGUGGGGGCCGGGCUCAGGGAGGGGACUCCAGGAGACACUGGACAAAAGAAGGGGAGGCUCCGGGCCUGCCCCACACCAUCCCUACGCGCACCUGCUGGCUCUGCCAGGAACCAGCUGGUGCUGUUUUCUUUUACUUUCCUUUUUCAAACAAGAGAACCACAAAUUUUCUAAUAGGCCCAAGGCAGGGGAUAUUAGGCUCUAAUGCUGUUGCUUUCUGUGACUCAGUUUGAUCUGGUCACAGGUCAGAGACAUUCUGUUUCCAGCAGGCUCCCGGCCCCCUUUUCUUCCCCUCAUUUCCGUUGCUCCUCCUGCCCCAGCUGAGCCAGUGACACAGUGAGUGAGCCCUUCCCUCUCAGGUGGAGGACAGGCCAUGCUCACAACUCUGAGGAGAGGCCUACACUCCAGGGCUAGGAACCGCAUCUGCCCUUGCCUCCUCUGUUAUCUGCCCCCCUCUGGUGUGUGUGUGUGUGUGUGUGUGUGUGUGUGUGUGUGUGUGUGUGUGUACAAGCCCAUCAGCAUUUUGUCACAUGUCUGAAUUUGUAUCCAGACUAACCCAUCAGAACCAGUCAGGAAGGACCCCAGGGACCAAGCAUUUGAUGGUCCCUUGAGAGAGAACAGGGCAAGGGAUGGAAAAAGAGGGUUGUUCCGUUUUGUUGUUGUUUUUUUUUAAACCACCUCUUUGAACCCUUUUCCAGGGGGAACCACUCCAAGAUAUUAUGUAUAAAUUGUGUUAUUAUGUAUAUGGUAAAGGUGUACAAAUCUAUGUCUUCUUUGUAGCAGAUAUGAUUUUAUAUUUAUAGUGUGCGUUGACAUGUGAAAGCAAUCUAGUCAUUAGCACAGGAUGAAGUUGCUGGGCGGGUAGCUUCAGGGAGGGACCUGGGAGCCAUCUGGAGGCGGUGGCCGCAGAGGAGCGAUGUGUCCGGAAUCAGUGUCUCAGCCUUCCUGGCUUCCGCUCUCCUCCCGCCCCUCCCCGGGCCUUGGUGGGCUCCUGCCUGUCCUUCCCUUUCCACUGCUCACUGAGCUCCUCUGCCCUCACCCCAGCUGCCUCCCAGGAAGGACUGCAGGGCCGGAAGGCCUCCUCAGGUUUUGCGGCCCCAGCCUCUGUCUUCCCUGGUAGGAAGUCAGCACUGUGGUCAGGACAGAGCUGGCUGACAAGUCAGCACCAAGAGGGGGUCCCCUGUGUCCCCAAGAUUGGGGGCCUUUCCAGAAAGCGGCACCGGGUGUCCCCUGCUGUCACCGCCUCACUCCCCACAGCUCUGAGCUGUCUGCUGUUUGGUAGUAGAGAGAGGAGGGUGGAGGCCAUAGCCACGGCCCUCUUGGGAAGCCAGGCAGUGUUCCCAGGUGCCACCUUGAGCUCACUUGCCCGUGUGUGUCAGUCACUCCACCACAGGCCACACCCCACCCGGCCACGCCUCACUCGGUGAGUUAGGCCCCUCAGCCAAGAUGUUUCUCAGGCGUUCUUCCCAUCCCCCGCCAUCCCUCCGUGUGCCUCAGUAGCCUCCUUCACAGAGGAGAGGACUCGGGACCCUCCCUCACACAGACUGAUUAAAGAAAGACACUUGUGUUCCCAAGUGGUGGUUUUAUUUUUUUAGUUUUAUGUUUGUAUGGGAAAUUGUGGAUAAAGUGAACGGACUGUAAAUAAACGGUGUUUUCUCCUCCGUCA